CCUCCCUCCCGCACGGUCCCUAUCAACGGGCAAUCGAGAUGGUCGAGACCCCAGCCAUGACUGGCGGUCCCAUCGCCGAGGACAAUAUCAUCAACCGUCGUGGCGGUGAGUCGAUCUAUCAGAGCUGCGUCAACCUCAAGAAGCGACUGGCCGAGCUCCCGUCUUUCCGACCCCACCUGGAGGAACGAGAACGGAUCGAUCAAGAGCAGGGGAACACCGACCCGGUCGCGUCGCUAUGGAAUCUACUCCGCGAGGGUUUUCCUCUCUUGACCAUCUUCAAUUCCUCCGACCCUGAGGAGUUCCUGGAGGUCGACCCGGCCAAGGUCCCCGAGGCCAAGCGCCCCAAGGCCGCCACCUUCAAGUUCCUGCAGGCUUCCCUGCAGGAGCUAGCCUUCCCCCAGCCGGAUUGCUUUCUCAUUACCGAUCUGUACGGGGAGAGUACCACCGGGUUCAUUAAAGCGAUCAAGAUGGUCAACAAGGUCAUGGAUAUCCUCGAGAUGCAGGGCAAGCUCCAACGUCCGUCCGAGGACCCUGCCGCCACGCCCGCCCAGGGCGCCGUUAAACUCACCAAGCGAGAGCAUAUCCUCAAGGAGUUGCUAGAGACCGAGCGCGACUACGUUCACCACCUGCAGAAUCUCCAGGCGCUGAAGAAGGAAUUGGAGGAGACCGGCGCGCUGACCGGGGACGCCAGCCAUCAAAUCUUCUUGAACCUCAACAACCUGCUCGACUUCGCCCAACGCUUCCUGAUCCGUAUCGAGCAACACUACGCCCUCCCUGAAGACCGACAGAACUGGGGCGCGCUAUUCAUGCAGCACGAAGACGCCUUGCGACAAUAUGAGCCCUUCAUCGCCAACCAGAUGCGUUGCGACGCCGCCUGCCAGCAGGAAUGGGAUAAGAUUCGCAUGGCCCCGCGUUCCUUGGAUCUCCAACAGAUGGUCGCUCAGCCCGCCACCCUCAAUAGUUUCUUCGUCAAGCCCUUUCAACGGCUGACCAAGUACCCCUUGAUGCUAUCGGAACUGCGCAAACAGCUCGAAGACCCCGACCUCCAGAACGACAUCACGGGAGCGAUCGACGCCAUCCAGGUCGUGCUCGACUCGGCCAACGAUGCCAUCGACAAGGAACACCUCGCCACCGCAUUCACCGAGCUGGACGAACGGGUGGACGAUUGGAAGUCGUUGAAGAUUGAUUCGUUCGGGGCGUUGCUUCGCUAUGGCACCUAUUCGGUCGUGAAGGGGGACAAUGGCAAGGAUUCGGAGCGCGAGUAUCAUAUCUACCUCUUCGAACGGAUUCUCCUCUGCUGCAAAGACAUCAACCCCAACAAACAAAAGGCCAAAUUGACGAUCAGCAAAGACAAACCGGCGGGCCCGAUCAAAGGCAAACCCCGCCUCCAGCUCAAAGGACGCAUCUAUAUGGCGAACGUGACCGACAUCCUCUGCUCCCAAAAGCCUGGCUCCUAUCGGAUUCAGAUCUUCUGGAAGGGCGAUCCGGGCGUCGUGGACAACUUCGUCAUCCGCUACCAGAACGAGGAUACCAUGAGCAAGUGGUACAAGGACAUCGACAACCAACGCCAGAUCCAGGUGGAGCAUCGCAGCACGCGCAGCACCGGAACCUCGGAGACCGAGUUCACCUACAUGAAGAGCAUGACGAAUAUCCCCAACCCCUACCAACAGGAGUAUGACGCCGAGGAGUCGGCCACCAAGGAAGCCGGGUUCUUCUCGGAAUUCCCCAUGAGCCGCAACGCCUCCAGCACGAGCCUCCGGACCCGGUCCGCCACCGGGGGUAGCGGCGGCGCCGCCGGUCCCGCCAUGUCAGUCAAUCGUCCGCCCCGCGGGUACCCUGUACCGGACCCGAACCUCGCGGUCCACACCCAAUUCCCGGGGAGCGGCGGGAUGUCGCCGAUCGAGAAGAAUGCCAACUCGUACUUCUCCCCCGUCGCCGAAACGCCGUCCACGCGGUCCAGCUCCCAGUCCACCGCGUUCAGCUACAGUCGCCAGGGAACCCCGUCCAACGGCUGGACGGACGAACACAACCGAUACACGGCCCCCGCCCUCUCCCGGGGGAUGUCCCGGGAUGGGUCGGCCCCGACUCAUUACGUGAACGGGGUGCCGAACGGGCGGAGCACCCAGCGCCCGUCGCUGCCCCCCAUGCCCGGGGCGGGGCAGACCGCCAACGGCAUGGCGCAGCAGCGCAUGCGGUCGGCCAGCAGCCCGGACAUCCACAACCACGCCCACAACCCGGAGUCCCGCCGGUACAUGGGGGCACACACGAUGCAGACGGUGGACAACGUGCCCGUGCCGCCGAUCCCGGCCCACAUGGCCAGCAUGAAGGCACCCGUCAACCGGAGUCAGAACAGCUCGCCCACCAACGUCCACCUCCCCGUCCGCGGGGGCCCGCCGGCCCCGGCCACCCAUUUCCACGAGCCGCAGUACGCGGACAAUCGCCCUGUGGGCCCAGCGGCGGACGCGCCGACGUCGCCCCUCAGUCGCGAUCCGGAGGAACCGAUGAUGCCCACUCAGCUCAAGGCCAAGGUGAACUUCGACGACAACUACGUCACGUUGGUGAUCGCCAGCAACAUCACGUUCCGGUCGCUGAUCGACCGGGUGGAUGCCAAGCUGGCCCGCUUCACCCACCGGUCGGUCGGCAACAAAUCCGUGCGACUCCGGUACAAGGAUGAGGAUGGUGACUUUGUAACCAUCGACAGCGACGAGGCCGUGCAGCUGGCCUUUAUGGAGUGGCGGGAGCAGCACCGGGACAUGCUUGCGCGGGGGCAGGUGGGCGAGAUCCAACUGUUCUGCCAAGCCGUGGAGAAUUAGGCGUGCGUGUCGGGGUGGGUGGAACCCCCCACCUCUUUUCUUCUUUCUUCCUUGUCAUUCACCCCCUCCUUCCCACUCCCGAUUACGAUGCCCCCCCUUCUGAUCUACCUUCCCUGUCCUCCCACUCGCUUGUCCGUUGGGAGGAGGGGGGAGGUAUCUUAUCUCCCCUCAUCCCGCCCUUUUACGACGGCAUCUCCCCACGACAAUCCUCGGCGUCGCCUCCGGGUCGGCCCUCCUUCGCCCACAUCCUCCGGGAGUGAAGGGAGCACGUCGGGGACGAACUGAUCGAGGAAAGGCGUCCGGGCGGGAACGACCUUUCCAUCCUUCUUCCUUUCUAGUGACACUUUUGGACCCGGAGGCGUUUUCUGCGUUUGCCUGGAUCGGAACGACCCGUCUUCUGACGAGUGCGAUGUGAUUGAUGACCUCUCCUUGUUUCUUCCUCUCCCGUUGUUCUUCUGUGCUUGGUUGGUUGAUUGAUUUUCUUUUUUGAUUGAUUCACGGCCAUCGGACCCGUGACUGGAACCUGGCUAGACUGCAUGUCACCCCGAGACUCGAGAUACGCUGUACAGAGAGUCGAUGCGUAUCCAGGGCUGGUGUGCCCCUGGCGGGCGGGAUUGUCCAUGUGGUGUGGGAAGUUGAUGACUCCGAGAGUGUCUUGAUGAUUUACUUAGACUUGCUGAAUAUCCC